AUGGCCUCUAGAACGCUAUCCUUCUCCUCGCUGGCCUCCGCCUUCGCCCCCUUCCCGGCGCGCUCCAGACCCCGGCACCCUCCCCUCCGCCUCCUCGGCCUCCACCUCACCUCCGGGCAUCUCCUCCGCGCCUCCACCCUCUCCACCGCCGCUGCCCCCGCCCCUGAUGCGGACGCGGACGCGGACGCCGACCCCUACGAGGGCGUCGACACCGUCGAGCAUCUCCUCGCCCCAAAGCCCACCUCCCCGGGCGGCGGUCGGAUGGGCCGGCUCAUGAAGAUGCAGCGCCGCGCCGACGCCGACGGCCCGGCGGCGGGGCGGGGCAGGUGGUUCCCUUACCUGGACGCGUUCCGGGGAGCGGGGGGCGUGGAGGUGACCAGCCAGGAGGUGGUGGACGUGCUGGAGCCGUACAUCCUCGAGCCGCGGCGGGACCGGAUCCGCCGCGCCGUCCAGAGCAGGAGCUACGCCGUCUGCCUGGUCGUCGAGGGCCUCACCGACUUUGGGAACGUCUCCGCGGCGUUCCGCUCCGCCGACGCGCUCGGCGUGCAGUCCGUGCACGUCAUCUCCUGCGAGGACAACAAAAGGUAUAGAGACAACAGGCACGUGAGCAUGGGUGCCGAGAAAUGGCUUGACAUCGAGCUAUGGAGCUCACCUGCAGAAUGUUUUGAUGCUUUGAAAAAGCGUGGUUAUCGCAUUGCAUGUACUAGUUUGGGAAGUGAUUCGGUUUCUGUGUAUGACAUGGAUUGGUCUCAUCCAACGGCUAUCGUUGUGGGCAAUGAGACUAUGGGUAUUAGCGACGUCGCUCUGAAGUUGUCGGACAUGCACUGUAGUGUUCCAAUGAAAGGCAUGGUGGAUUCUUUUAAUGUAUCUGUUGCAGCUGGAAUCCUUAUGCACCAUGCUGUUUAUGAUAGAGUUUCUCGCCUUUUUCAAUUACAGGGUCAGAAUGGCGAUCUCACGUCUGAAGAAAAUAGAAUAUUGCUGGCAGAGUUCUAUCUGCGUCAUCGAGAGAGCACAGCUACGGUCAUUCAUGAAUAUGCCAAAAGGAAGGCAAAUAAUUUGGUGGCCAAACUUUGA